GGAGAGUGUAGGUUCAUCAGAUGUUCGGAAAGUGUACUUACAGUGUGCUUUUUUUUGCUAUUUAGUUUGUGUCUAUUGCAAAUUAUAUUAUUUGUCAUGUAGUAACAUUAUUAAUAGUAGUUUAGAGAUUUUAUUAUUCUAUUAUUAGAAUAUUAUUCCAUUUAAGGCACAAAAAAUAGGAAACAUUGCCUCCGACGUGCGUGUGCGCGCGGUGUUGCCAUUUCAAACUAAACUACGGCCUUUCAAACUAAAGAAGGCCAUGGAUAAGGAUUAGUUUAGUUUUAGUACAGCAUGGUGUGGCGAAUGGUGAUUUGGUGAUGCUCAAAUUCAUAUGGUGAUCAGCCGAUCAACAAACUUUUAAGAUUUUUAGAACUCAAAAACUUACUAAUUAAAAAUAUUAGAGUUGCAUAUCAAGUUCAUCUACAGAAUAUUGUUUUCUACAGUUUCUUUUUAAAUAGGGUAUAACUUCUUUAUUUGUGUCACAUUCUGAAGUAAUUAAACUGUGAAUUAUAACCUAAAAUAAUGGGCGUCGAGCUUGAAAUCAUUAAUCCCGGAGAAGGCAAGAUAUAUCCCAAGAAGGGACAAACAGUUGUGGUGCACUAUACAGGAACGCUUGAAAACAACAAGAAGUUUGAUUCGUCCAGAGACCGAGGUUCGCCCUUCAAAUUCAAGCUGGGAAAAGGCGAAGUGAUCAAAGGAUGGGACCAGGGUGUGGCGCAGAUGUGUGUGGGUAUGCGUGCCAAACUUAUCUGCUCUCCGGAUUUUGCAUACGGCUCUCGGGGCCAUCCCGGUAUCAUUCCUCCCAAUGCUACACUCACAUUCGACGUUGAAUUGCUUAAGAUCGAAUGAUGAACCAAAAACUGUUUUUAAUUAUGUUUUGUUGCAAUUAAGUUUACAAUUUGUUUCCAUGUCUUGUUUCCUUGGAGAUUAAAUUUUGAUUUUGUCUAUAGUGCA